AUGUCCCCUAAAUCUAUUGAAGCAUGUCGUCGUUUAGGCUUUAGAGCUUAUGAAUUGAAAAAAAAGAGUAAUUAAGAUAUAAUUUAAAUGAUGAGAUAAAAAGACAAUUAAGCAAAUCCUGACUAAGAGACAUUAUAAAUGUUCUAAGCUCAUUUAGAAGAAAGAAGAGGAUAAAAAAUUAUACAAGUUUAAAAUAAUAAUAUAUAAAUAUUUUUUUCUAAAAAUAAUAAAAAUAAAAAAAAAGUAUUUUAUUUAAAAAAGGGAUUUGGAUUUGAUUAAUCAAUAUAUACAACUUCGUAAAUGGGCUCAAUAUCGUUAGUAGAAAAAGAAAAAAAUAUGUUUGAAAAAAUGAAGAAAAGAUAGGAAAUUGAAAUAGAAAAAAUGAUAGAGUUUGAAAAAAUAACUUAAGCAAUAAGAUAAUAAAAUGAAAUAAAAAUGUAAAAAGCUUAUGAAAGGGAAUAAAAAAGAUAAUUAGAAAAUAAAUAGUUAAAAAUAGAAGUAAAGAAACAUUAAAAUAUUUAAAAAAAAAAAAUAGACUGA